CUAUAAGUACAGUCAUGUAAUUAACUAAACCUUUUCAACGUCUGGGCGUCAUAUCUUACCCAUGCCGAAACACAAUUAUCGCGGAAUUCCUUAGUCUCCAUCCGCCGUCGGGAGAGCCCCAUGCAAUUAAACUACCGUAGGCUACUCGGUCAUGACGACAAUGGCGCAGAGUCUCAUGGAUACUUCAGUCUUCUAUAGACUCCUAAUGGUCCUAGUCAUAUAAGUAGCCAGACUCGGGAAACCUCAGCUAAUACAUCAACAGCUUACUGAAAUCACUCUAUCUUCUCUAUCAACCACGACCUUGAGUAUUUACUCAAUCAAAAGCCGCGCUCCCUGCAAUAACUUGCAUUCAUCAUGCAUUCCUUUCCUACCGUUCUUCUCUUCAUCGCCGCGCUGGCCGGCCACUCCGUCGCUCAAAGUUGCACCGACCAGUGCGCAGAUGUCUUCGCCGUAGCGAGCUCAGAAUGCCCGCACCUCGGCAACACAAAAGAAGACGCCGACACCCUCAACGGCCCCAAGAUGAGCUGGAAGAACAACAUCUGGUCCACCCGUGGCAGGGACGGUGCCGUGGUUGAGAUCGACCCCAGAGCUUGCACCCUGAGAACCUUUGGUGGCCGUGACGACUUCUGCGGCAUCUGGAUCGGCGGCAAGGAGGAAAAAGGAAAGGGAAACGCCGAGGUCAAGCAGCCGAACGCGCUGUUACAGAUCCCUUUCAACGGUGGCUGCUGCAAGAUCGACAAGGAAUUCUGCAAGGAUGGUGCUAUUGACUGGGCCCAGUUAUUGAGAGUGAAGAAGGGGCCUGAUGCAUCUUAAGCAUCGAAUAGGAUGCAACAUAUUGGAGGGUUUUGUUGAACGAAGAUAAGAUAUCUUCGUGAAUGUGAAUUUCGGGUUCUUUUGCAUAUCCAAGUCAUUAUCCAAGUUAGCCUCGCUAUAUGUACAUGUGCAACCUACAUGGAUUCACGUAAUGACUAUUUACUCAAGUAAUCUUUCAUUAGCAAUCUAUCCUGCAUCCCAAUUGCC